AUGUGCCACUGCCACACGUGCGAGGAAGAGUGCACGGUGGUUGAGAUCCUGAGCGUGGUCGACCGCAAGACCGGGGCUAAGAAGAGGCAGCGCUUCGCUAAGGAGGGAGCCAUGGUUACGGCGAAGUUCAAGGGAGCCAUGGUUACUGCCAACUUCAAGGGAGCCAUGUUCACGGCCAAGGGUAAGGUGAGGAUCCUGGACCUCCUUUUCUAUGGCAACCGGGUGGAUCGCUCGAUGUGCAUGGAGUCCUUCGAGGAGAUGCCGCACUUGGGACGAUUCACUCUGAGAACGGAGGGGAAGACAAUCGCGAUCGGGAAGAUUCUCGCCGUGCAGAAGCCCGUCUCCAAGUGAUGCGGUGGCAGCAGCAGCAGGCAUGGCGUAGCACGGUGAGCUUGCUGGCGAAAGUAAGGCUGCUGUAUACAGGUUUACUAGUUGAUAUGAUCGUUGAAGUUCGCCGGUCUGUUCGAGUCAACAAGCCGUCAGCUGUGUGAGCUGUUGAGCUUGGGAAACGUCGCACCACCGUUGGCAGCCAGCUGUGGGUUGGUCCCGCCGGCCUGGUUUAUUUCAUCUUGCUUCACAUCUCUUGAUAACGCUGCUGUGCUCUCACGAACCCACUCCAGAGGGAUUCCUUGUUUCAUGGGUGUUCUUGGUUCUGCCUGAGUGAGUGAGAAUCAUGUGCCCGUCUGUCUGUCGUGCGUAUGUGGCACUCUCUAUCUCCGUCCAAGCAUCCCGCUAGUGGGGUGGUGGCCCUGCGAUGUAGCAGGAGGUGGCAGAGGCGAUUGUUUCCUGUCGGACACGCAGCCAAUGAAAUGAACUUGAACGAAGUCUCCCGUGCCUCCUAGCGAGUGGUCUGGCGAAGAGUUGUUCUGAUGCCCAUGAGACCAACGAGCGAAUGACUGAUGGUCAAGGCCUCGAAAGUGGCUGCUGACAGUCCGACCCACGUUUUUUCCGUUUGCGUAAAGUGCCAUGGUUCGACAAGCAAUCUGAAGGAUCGAUCCGUUGAGAUUGGCGGACACCCAUCUCGUGCGUCUGAUUGGUCUCUUCGGCCAAGGGUUGUCUUGCCCAAUGAAAUGUGUAAUUGGCGUCGUCGCCUGACGCNGGGGGGGGGGGGGGGGGGGGGGGGGGGGGGGGGGGGGGGGGGGGGGGGGGGGGGGGGGGGCAGUUGCGUGUAUUUUGGGGCGAAGGAAGGUGCUCCGUUAACCGUCGCCAUGCCCUUUGAUGGCGGGGGGUAGCUACGUUGGCUGUUAGCUGGGUGCUUAUCUGUGUCUUAUACUUCGGUGCGGAAUGCGUCUGGCUUUGAAAGAGGCGUUGGUGAUGUAGGGGGACGUGUCCUGCUAGUAUGCGGUAGAGGACGCACCCGCCUUCUGCUCAGAAGAAACACGGUAUUUUAGGGUGAGGCUGGGCCUGUGGUUUGUGCCUGAUGGGGAUAUGGAGUAAGUUUAUGCGUUCGUUGACGCGAGAUUACCCGGCCGCAUUAAGUUGCGGUGCCUCACGUCACAACGCAUUGACACAGCUGCAGCUACUUCAGUUCUAUAUUUAUCUCCCCCCCUAAAUACUCCGUGGGAUAGUUCAUUUUUGCAUGAAGUGAUUGCUACUUGUAACGUUUUUUUGUAAUUUGUUGUUCCUCGUUGAAUCUCAUUUCGGAAAACGCCGUUGUUUCUCCGGACUGGUGAAAGGGCAGGCCACCUUUGACUGAGUUGGCGAGGGUUAAAGUUCGAAAAAGAAUGGUAAAAUGUACGUGUAUGAACGAAAGACCCUGACUCUGUCACCUGGUCAGCGUGCCCUUGUGAGCUAGGUAACCUCUCGGUGCGUGUUGGGCAGACUGGGGGUUGUCUUGAAGCAGCGUGUUUUUGCCCGGCACAGCCCCGUAAUUCCGCAGCAAAAAAUGUCCUUGCAGUGAAUGCCGGUGUACCACGGCUGUGGGAGCCCCGGAGGACAGGGAAGGGUGGUUCGGAGAGACGUUUCCCGAAUAUUGCUCAAUGUCUAGUUGCUCAACAUGCUACUCUGUAACAUUCAUUCAGUAUUUUGUUGCAAAGCAGGGGCUCGCUCUCUCCAUAAUGCUGCAAGUUGUGCUAACCAACAACUCAGUGUUUUUUGCUGUCGUGGGCACCUCCUCGGCACCAAUCAAUGCAGACUUUGAAAAACAACAUUGAUUGUCAAGUAUUCUUUGUUGUCGGGUCGUCCCCCGCCUGUUUUUUUUUCGGUUGCGCGGGCGGUGUUUAACCCAAUCGUUGUUUUUGCAAUCUUCAUAGCAGUAAGUUUUCGGUUACGUCCGCACCGGUCCGACUGAGCGCGGUCCCUUUCCUUCCGUGCUCUUUGGCUAGAGUCUACACAGUCAUUUUUGUGACCACGCA